GUGACCCACCAGGAGUCCAAGUUUAAUCAAUAUAACGACUGAGAAUCGAGAGCAAUCCUGGUUCAUCAAUAGUUCAUGAUAGAUCAAAGUUCGGGAAUAAAUAAGUGACAGAUAUGACGGGCUACGUGUGUUUACCCCAGCAGUACGAUAUCCUGGACUCGGAGGGUUACGGUUCAGCAAGCAGUCCCGAGUCAAAUCCACGAUAUUGGCAGAGCCAGGAGUCCUAUCCCCAACCCCCAAGAUCAAGGGGCAGCAGUUGCGGAAGUGUCAGCUCGAUUGACAGCCACACUGCCCACGACUAUCGAAAUCUUGAUACAGCGACAGCAUCUGGCACUGUCAUCUCGUCAAUGACACCAAGCACCUUCAACUUCGCUGAGUUCUACGAGGGAUACAAUCGCGAGGCAACCAAGUGCCACGAAGUCGAUGAGCGAUUGAACUUUCGAACAAUCUUCGAUGACACUUACGACAACGACUACAACAGCGUCAAGACCGUUCACUACAAUCAGAAGAGCAUCAGUGAUGCUCAGGUAGCCGAUGGACUUGUCAAAGGACCCAUGUACCAGGAGGACAACAAGAUGGAGGCUAUCAGUGGUUUCAAGACGGACUCGACUUAUCUCGGUGGCACAUACGAUCCGAGAAGUGACAUAGACAUGAUGAGGAACAGAUGCAACGGUCACAUGCAGAUGAGGUACAGACGAGAGAUGGAGGACACCAUGAAGGACACAUCGUAUGAGAUCCAGAAGACCAAGGACACCGUUCAGAAAAUCAAGACACAAGCACCUGGGGUGGAAGUGAUGAAGAAGAGACGACUGGCUGCCAAUGCCAGGGAGAGGCGACGCAUGAACAGUCUGAAUGAUGCCUUUGACAGGCUCAGAGACGUUGUACCAAGUCUAGGCAAUGACCGAAAACUCAGCAAAUUCGAGACCCUGCAGAUGGCCCAAACCUACAUAGCAGCCCUCUACGAGCUACUUCAACGAGAAUGAUGACACAUCGUUCAAUCAUUGUGAUAUCGAUCUGAUUGUUGAUUGCAAGGUAGAAAAGUUCAUGUAAAUAUCUCAAUAGAAUUAAAUUUUCUGAUUGUUCAUGUACAUAAUAAAUUUCUCUAACUUAUUAACGACUCUAGCAGCAGUUAACUUUGUAAAUAAGAUUUUUCGUUAUAUAUCUUUAAGAACGAUAAACCUGUUCGCCAUAAGAAUGCACCUGAAUGAUAAUCAUUUUCUGAAUUGAAUGCAAAUGCAACUAGUGAAAAAGGAGAAAAUGACUGAAAAAAAAAAGGACAAAACGUAAAUACCGUGGACUCGAGUCCCACAUUCACCUCGCAGUCAAUCACAAUUAAAUACAAUUUUGUGCGCGAGGUAAGAUGCGAGUGUGUAGAUGGUUGCAAAAAGAGAGCAAAUUGAAAUCUUUCUAGCUGACGGAAUGAUAGAUGGCUGAGGAUUUUCAACCCCCAGUGGUUCCAUCAUCUCGAACGUUUGUUUUUAAUAAACGACGGCUUGAAAUUUUCCAUUUGCCAUCACAAGUUAUGAAUUAUCCCAAAAGGAUCUGUUUUUUUAAUAAUUAAAAAUUUCCAUAAGGA